GUCCAUAUCAAAAUUAGGUUAUCACCGAUCAACAAUUAUGAAGUCUGGUAAAUUUUGUUCACUAUUAGCUAUAGUGUAUAGCUAUAACUUUGGGGUCUACUUUCAGAGAGUUGAUGGGACAUCGUAAGAUUUAGACCUCCUGAAUUAGACAUUAGUAUUUGUUGUCAGUGCCAGCCGUAGCAUGACGGCAUGAAGCUCACUUUAAAUGACAUCUUUUUCAAAAUAAGAAAAUGGACAUUGUUGAAUUUUAGUAUCAUACCGAGUACGGUAUAAAUUAACGGUGCUCAAACUCGAUCGACGCCCUAAGGCGACGUCCAGCCUUUCAACGCUACUGCCUCAUUCAUAUAUCAUUUAGAUUGUUUUCUCUUUUUUUACAAUUAAAUGUACGUCCUGAAUUUACUGUUGUAGCAGUAGUUUCUUUACGUCACUUUGCUCCAUUUUAAAGGCAUUGUGGGAACCUAAGUAGACAUACCAUUCUGUGCCAGAGUUCAAAUAAUUUCGAAUGGAGCCUGCCAUUAUCGUUCAUGGUGGGGCUUGGGCUAUCCCCGACGAGGCAAGACAGAGGAGUUUGCAUGGUGUCAAAGAUGCUGUGCUAAAAGGUUUUAAUGUACUGAGGGAUGGAGGCAGUGCUGUGGAUGCUGUGGUGGCAGCUGUGUCGGUGAUGGAGGACGACCCUAUCUUUGAUGCUGGUACGUCUUUUGUACACGGUUAUCUUUCAUUAUUAAGUUAUGCCAUGCAAUUUACUGAUUUAUCAAAACACGACUUACCUACUCCUACUUUUUUUUUUUUUUUUACUUUCACUUCCAACACAUAAAUAUUUAUAUUUGACUACGUGUACUUCCAAUUUGAAAUUUUGUGUUUGAAUCAAGCACCUAACUAAGUUGCAACCAGUGGCAUAGCUACAACCAGUGGCAUAGCUACAACCAGUGGCACAGCUACAACCAGUGGCACAGCUACAACCAGUGGCAUAGCUGCAACCAGUGGCAUAGCUGCAACCAUUGGCAUAGCUACAACCAGUGGCAUAGCUGCAACCAUUGGCAUAGCUGCAACCAGUGGCAUAGCUACAACCAGUGGCAUAGCUGCAACCAUUGGCAUAGCUACAGCCAUUGGCAUAGCUGCAACCAGUGGCAUAGCUACAACCAGUGGCAUAGCUGCAACCAGUGGCAUAGCUGCAACCAGUGGCACAGCUGCAACCAGUGGCACAGCUGCAACCAGUGGCAUAGCUACAACCAGUGGCAUAGCUACACUUAUGAACAGUGAAGUAGAGACAGAGAGCAAACGUGUAGCAAGCUAUAACUUAUAAGUACAAGUGAAAUUAUGUCAUUUUGUAAUAUCAUGAUAAAGAUUAAGUAAGUGUUCAUCCCCCACCCCCCACAAUGAAUCAAUAAAUCCUACCUCCCCUUUUAUCCUUGCAUGCUAACAGGUCAUGGGGCAGUACUUAACAUGAAAGGUGAAGUGGAGCUAGACGCCAUUGUUAUAGAUGGGAACAACUUAAAUUCAGGUGCUGUAGCUGCUGUACAAGAUAUUGCUAACCCGGUACAGUUGGCAAAACUGGUUAUGGACAAGGUCAGAUAAACCCUUGAACUGUACUAAGUUGUACCGGUACAUAAAUGUUGGUUAUGUAGACAUCCAUAAUUGAUGUCACACUAUGUUUUACUUCUUUUUUUAACACCCCCCCCCCCCCCACACCCAAAGCCAGUCAUUCAAAAUUGUUAGCACAAUGAGAUAAUUCAUGGACAUCUCCCUCCUCCCCUUUUUAAAUGUGUGAUGUCAUUUACUGAUGGCCUGUCUCAUAAGUAACACAUAUCAAAUAAAAAGCUAAAUGUAAACUUUGCAACUAUUAUAAUUUAAAUUAUAAUACAGGCAAGACUGUGAAAAUGGACACUAAUUAAUUCAGAUGAAGCAAUUUGAAAAUUUAAAUUUUUAGUUUUAAAACAUUCUCACCUGCCUAACUUCUUAAUUCUUUUGAAAUUUUUUAAUUGGAAAAGUAUGAGUACAAUUGUAGAAUCUGGUAUCUUAAUAAGAAAUGAUUUAUUUGAAUUGUAUGGGUACAAUAUGAUGUCUUAAGAGAUGUUUAAUUUGAAAGAUGCAAUUUAACGUCAUAUAAUUAAUAUAACACAGUAGGGAUAUAUCCCUGAUUAAACGAUUAUUUUAACACUGUUGUGAUAUGUCCCUGAUUAAACGAUUAUUUUAACACUUGCGAUAUGUCCCUGAUUAAAUGAUGAUUUAACACUGUUGGGAUAUGUCCAUGAUUAAAAUAUUAUUUUAACACUGCUGGGAUAUGUCCCUGAUUAAAUGAGGAUUUUAACACUGCUGGGAUAUGACCCUGAUUAACUGAACAAUACCACUACCAGUACUGUACAUUCCCAGUAGAGUCACUGCAGAUUGAUUUUGUAUAUACUAUUGCUUGUCUUAAAUUUAAAUUAUUUCCUGAACCCCUCCAACAGACAGACCACUGUUUACUUGUGGGACAAGGUGCUAAUGACUUUGCUAGAGAACAGAACAUUCCCAGGUUGUCUAAAUAUGAGCUGGUCACCGAAGGAGCCAAAGCCGAGUGGGAGAGAUAUAUGCAAUAUUCUACGACUGUUAAAUCCUUAUUUUCUGCAAGGUCAUUCUGCAACUCUAUUCAUUUCAUUGGAUGUGGCACUAUCCAGUUUAAGUUUUACAGCAAAAUGCUGCUCACAAAAGUUUAUCUAAACAAUAUUUUAGAAUACCCGUACAUCUCAAGCUUCUUUAUUGAAUAAUAUUAUUUAUUAUAAUUAUAGUUAGAGCAUUUUAAAUUGAAAAUUGAGAAAAAAUACCUACAACCCUCUUAGAGAUCCAAUUAAACUAGUAAUCAGUUGCUAUUUUUCAGAGACCUAGUCCCAAAACGUAGUGGAUGUGAUACAGUAGGAGCUGUUGCACUAGACACUCAAGGCAAUUUAGCCAGUGCCACAUCGACUGGUGGAAUAACAGCCAAAAGACCAGGCAGGGUUGGUGAUACUCCAAUUAUCGGUCAGUCCAAAUAUUACCAUAGCGAGAUGUUGAUCAUUUGUUUUGUUGUUAUGAAUUUUAGAGUGAACCUUUGUGAUACCGGUACUCUGGGAAUAAACAGAUACCAUACUCUGGGAAUAAAAAACAGUUUCAAUACUUUUAGACUUAUACAUUUCUCAGAUUCAUUGACGGUUAAUAUUUAAAUUUUAAGUUAAAUUUAGCUUCUGAUAUUUAUUGAAAAACAGAGGUGAGGCCCUAACACUGACAUUGGAAAGAUAAUGUGUAUGGUGUAUUAUAAAUUAUACAGGAAACAUAGGUGCCACUAGAAUCAGAUCUAUGAUCACCAACCCUAUCACCAACCCAAAAAUGUGUUAAAUUACUUGAAUGGACCUUUGACAUGUGGCAAAUUUGGUAUCACAUAGCCAUGAACAAAUGCAGGAGAGAACAACAAAACUUGACUUAAGAAUAAAUGCAGUGGAUAGUAAUAGUGGAGUCAUUGGGAUUAACUUGAGAGGAGCCUCUCUUGAAGAAAUUGAGACCUUUACAUACCUUGAAGCAUCAUAAAUAAAAAUGGUGGCACAGAUGAGGACAUAAAGUCUAGGGUCCAAAAGGCCUGAGGAGCAUUCAAUGCCCUGCUAAACACCUGGAACUCAAGUGAAAUACUGACAAAAACAAAGUUAAAAAUAUUCAACUCAAAUGUCAAGGCACUUCUUCUGUAUGGCUGUGAGACUUGGAGAACAGUAAAAUCAAACAUUAAAAAUCUGUUUUAUAAACAGAUGCUUCCUCAGAAUAAGAUGGUUUGACAAAAUUUGUAACACUGUCCUUUAGGAGAGAACAUCAAGUAUUCCGGUGGAAACGGAGAUAGAAAUGAGAAAAUGGAGAUGGAUAGUGCACACAUUAAGGAAACCAAACACUAACAUCACAAGACAGGCCCUGAAUUGGAAUCCUCAAGGUGCCAGGAAAAGAGGAAGACCAAGAACCACAUGGAAGAUGGGAGUAGAGACAGAGGUGAAGAGAAUGAAGAAAAGCUGGGCUCAACUAGCAAAGAUAGCCCAGGAGAGGGACAGAUGGAAAAGUAUUGUGGAUGGCCUAUGCUCUAUUGGGCUGAACUAGCAAAGAUAGCUCAGGACAGGGACAGAGGAAAAAGUAUUGUGGAUGGCCUAUGCUCUAUUGGGCUGAACUAGCAAAGAUAGCUCAGGACAGGGACAGAGGAAAAAGUAUUGUGGAUGGCCUAUGCUCUAUUGGGCUGAACUAGCAAAGAUAGCUCAGGACAGGGACAGAGGAAAAAGUAUUGUGGAUGGCCUAUGCUCUAUUGGGCUGAACUAGCAAAGAUAGCUCAGGACAGGGACAGAGGAAAAAGUAUUGUGGAUGGCCUAUGCUCUAUUGGGCUGAACUAGCAAAGAUAGCUCAGGACAGGGACAGAGGAAAAAGUAUUGUGGAUGGCCUAUGCUCUAUUGGGCUGAACUAGCAAAGAUAGCUCAGGACAGGGACAGAGGAAAAAGUAUUGUGGAUGGCCUAUGCUCUAUUGGGCUGAACUAGCAAAGAUAGCUCAGGACAGGGACAGAGGAAAAAGUAUUGUGGAUGGCCUAUGCUCUAUUGGGCUGAACUAGCAAAGAUAGCUCAGGACAGGGACAGAGGAAAAAGUAUUGUGGAUGGCCUAUGCUCUAUUGGGCUGAACUAGCAAAGAUAGCUCAGGACAGGGACAGAGGAAAAAGUAUUGUGGAUGGCCUAUGCUCUAUUGGGCUGAACUAGCAAAGAUAGCUCAGGACAGGGACAGAGGAAAAAGUAUUGUGGAUGGCCUAUGCUCUAUUGGGCUGAACUAGCAAAGAUAGCUCAGGACAGGGACAGAGGAAAAAGUAUUGUGGAUGGCCUAUGCUCUAUUGGGCUGAACUAGCAAAGAUAGCUCAGGACAGGGACAGAGGAAAAAGUAUUGUGGAUGGCCUAUGCUCUAUUGGGCUGAACUAGCAAAGAUAGCUCAGGACAGGGACAGAGGAAAAAGUAUUGUGGAUGGCCUAUGCUCUAUUGGGCUGAACUAGCAAAGAUAGCUCAGGACAGGGACAGAGGAAAAAGUAUUGUGGAUGGCCUAUGCUCUAUUGGGCUGAACUAGCAAAGAUAGCUCAGGACAGGGACAGAGGAAAAAGUAUUGUGGAUGGCCUAUGCUCUAUUGGGAGUGAGAGUGAGAAUGGCUAAGACUAAGAAGAAGAAAAUAUAAUUAAACGUAAUUUCUUCAUUUAAAAAAUCAUAUGGCAGUACCAGUACUAACGCUGGUAUUUAUGAGUAUGAGUUGAACAUAUUUAAUCCCAGUAGGAAAUAGUCUUCGUAAAUGAUCACAUAACCGGGUUGGGUUAUUGUUAGUUACUGUUAAAUGUAAUAUACCGGUACUACAAUCGGGUUAGGGUAUUAAUAGCCAGAAUAGUAAUAGUCUAUGUAAAUUCUAUUUUGAAAUAGUAAUUUCCCCAAAAUAAUCUCAAUAACUUAUGAUUUUUUCAAAAACAUUUGCUGAAGUGUGAAAUGAAUUGAUCAAUAUUUGUUGAACACACAUCUUAACUACCGGUAAUCUAGGAGCUGGAGCCUUUGCUGACAACACAAUUGGUGCUGCUUCCUCUACUGGUCAUGGAGAGUCUAUUAUGAAGAUCAGUUUAACAAGGAAAGUUGCGGAACUAAUGGACAGAGGUUUGUAAACACAAGUUUUAAACUACCGGUAUUUAAACUGAAGAGGUAAUUUUUCUCAACUGUGUUUUUGUACUUUUCUGUAGGUUGUUUGUAUUAAUUGUAGCUACGCGGAUAUGUUCAUUAUCUUAAUGUAUUUGCUCUUUAUCAACUUAAUACCUGCACCCUUAUCAUUACAUUAUCAGUUUUAGUACCGUACCCAGUGUUUUUAAAUUGAAAAAAGGUAUGUUGUAUGUGUAUAUACCGUAUAUAUUAAAUUGGUGCAACUGCAACUAAAUCUUGUUUUGCUACUCAAUUAUCAUUUAGUCAAUACUUGAGUGGGUUUUAUUUAAAACUGACAGCAUCUGUACCAGUUCACCAUACUGUUUGACAACUUUAUUUAGAAAUAUAUCCCGUUCAUGGACUAACACUUGAUAAAAUAGAACAUUUUAAUUUAAUGACAUUUUAUGAUGCAAGAAAAUUAACAUCAGGUAUGAUACUAGGUAGUAAUAUAUCAUAUAAUUUCUUUUUUUAUCCACAGUGCUGACAUCUAAAAAAAUAUGUAUACAAUUUAGGAUCAUUUAUGAAAUCAAACAGUUAGGACUAUAUCUCUAGCUUUAAAAUCAAAUAGCUGUCUUGCAUAGAGUAGAAAUAGAAAUCAAAUCAUACAUUUUUUUUAAAAUUUGAGUCUCAUGCUAUCUCAUAAUUAACACUGAAAAUGGUAGAAAAAGCAAAAUGGUUGAAUGCGUGUUUUUCAGGUGCCACAGCUCAACAGGCAGCUCAAACAGCUUUAGAACUCAUGUCAACAAGGGUGAGGGGUGCUGGUGGCGUUAUAGUCAUUAGCAAGGAUGGCGAGGUGGCCCAUCAUUUUACCACAAGCAGAAUGGCCUGGGCUCAUAUUACAAAAGGAAAUUUGGUCUAUGGGAUAGACCCAGGCGUAGAGUUGACAGAUGGUUUAUGAAAUACAUUGAAAUGUCAUGUCAGUGAAUGCAAUUGUUUGGAGAAUUAUUAUACCUGGUACGUAAAAAUGUGUACCAGUUAUAUGCUUAUUUUGAUUAAAGCUUGUAUUUGUAUGGACUUAACCUGUUUUUGUAAAUUAAAUACCAGCAUUGGAUAUGUACUGUAAUAUUAAUAAUACACCCUGACUUAACCAGUUUUUGUAAAUUAAAUAUAGGAUAUGUACUGUAAUAAACCCUAUUUUGCCAACAAUAAUAUUACAAUAGUGAGGUUCAACCGUAGCUUUAAAAAUUAAGGUACUGGUAAUUAAGUAAAAUAAAACAAAGUGAAUUGUCAACUUCUUUAUGGUGGAUUUGACUGAUUAAGAACGCAAGCAUUUGAAACUCAGUACAGUCUUUCAUUUUAAAACCAUUUAUUAGACUAGAGGGAACACUUCUGAAUGCAAAUAUUUUACAUUUAGGAUGUAUGGUAAAUAAACAUGUUUUUGAUAGCUGAUCAGCCUUUUUGUUGUUCUACAGUGUUUCUCACCCUUUUUUAUGUAUGUGCCCCAUUUUGACAUUUUAUUUAGUAGUUACAUGUCUUCCCUUUUUUAAAUAUUAAAAAACUUUCUUUAAAAAAAAAAAAGCAAUGGACCACAUGUGAUUUGGCCAUUGAUGUUGUACUUGUAUGUACUUUAUGGGACAUGAGUUAUACAAAGUAAGGUUAAUCCUGAAAAAAAGAAAGGCAACAGUACAACGAACAUGUUGGCAGGAAGCCUUCGUCAGCGAACAAAUAACAGAAAACAGUAAAAUUUAAAAUAUAUAUAUAAAAAUAUAGCACUUAGCUAUUGCCUUAAGCCUUUCAACCCCCAGUGCAUGAUUCCCUCACAAAGUAGCACAUACAAUCGGUGAAAUACCCUCAAUCAAAACCAGGCACAGAAACAUUGCAAUUCCCCUCUACAUGCUUAGGAGCCAAAAUGAUAAAUAAAUUGAUCGUGGGCCCUUAAUAUAUAGAAGAAGAAAUUGUGUCUGAGAGGGCUUCCUGCCGACACGUUCGUUGUUUUGUUGCGUUCCUUUUUUUCAGAUUUAACCUUACUUUGUUUCACUCAAUUCCUAUUUUGUUAACCUGAUUGCAGUCCCUCCCCUUAUUACUCAUUUAUAUGUACUUUAUAAUGGUAUUAAAAACCAAAAUACAACAAUAGAUGGAACCCGGUUGCAUUAAGUAAGAAGAAAAUAAGUGAAAAAAAGUACUGAUGUUGGAAAAGGGAAGCAACUUAACAAUGAAUGUGUUGGCAACAAGCCUUCUUCAGGGAAAAAGCAAUACCGGUAGUAAAACCAAUAAAAAUAUUAAUUUAAACCCAAAGCUGUAAUGUAUUAACAGCAAGGACAGCAACUGGCAUCCCUCUUGUGGCAUUCCUCUAGGAUACUACAUUACAGCGCCUUGCCAACAAGUUUAUUGUUUUGUUGCUGCCUUUUAUUUUGAUCAGGUUUUCCAAUACUUUGUUUCCCUUAUUUCCAUCUACUUUGUUAUACACAAUGGAGAAACCUCAUAAUUAACUCGUAUGACUUAAGCUUGUUUAAAGGCAAAAUAUUGAGGAGUCUUGCUUGAAUGAAAGAUAGCAAUUGUUAUUUUGUACAUGGGGACAAGUACCCAAGCAUCUCUUUCUUAAUUACAGUUUGAUACCAUUGUGAUAUGCCAUAACUGAGCAGCAGACGUAAUGAAAUUUGUGAUAAAUUGAGCAACAUGUUGUGCUUAAAAAGUUAAAGGAUAAAGUGAAUUAACAAAUAUGCAUAACAUUAAAAUUCAACAAAGAAUUACUGCUUCAAUUUUUUUUAAUUUUUUUUUUAAUACAAGUCCUGGAGUGAAAGUGAACAUUAUAUUUACCGGUACCAGGAUUUAAUAUAUUUUAAUAUCCUAUAUAAACAAAGGUUGGCAAAUUAAUUUUAAUGUAUUUUAUUCUACAUGCAGUUAAAAUUUAAAAUUGAUUUUUUUUUAAAAAUCCACCAUCUUUGCAAAUGUUUUUUUUUUGUUGACACACACAGAAUCAGC